AUGAACGGCGACAGAUUGACAUCAGGAGGUACUGUUCACUCCAACACUCCAAACAACUUCUUGAGAAGUGGUGAGUUCCAUUUGGUCAUCCAACAAGAUGGUAACUUGGUAGUUUACAGAGGAUCAAACUUUGCUUCAAGCAAUGCCGUAUGGUCCACUCAGACCCAUGGCAAGGGUAUGGCUCCAUUCCGUCUGACCAUGCAGCAUGAUGGUAACUUGGUUAUCUAUGACCAACAUAACUCACCAACAUGGGCAUCACAUACGAAUGGCCGUGGACAUGGACCUUACACUCUUUACUUGGCACCAAGCAGCGGAGUUCACGUCGUUGACUCUCGCUCAUCAUGCCUUUGGAGCACACCUGGCCACGAAAAGUCAACCCUCCAUCUUCCACACGCUGGCUUCCCAAGCAUGCCAAGCAUGCCACCUAUGCCAUCCAUGCCAGUUAUGCCAGGUAUGCCAGGUAUGAUGCCAGGCUACCCUUACCCAGGCCAACCACAAAUGUACCCCGGUCAGGUGGCCCCAGUCUAUCCAGGCCAGGUCUACCCACCAAGCCAGCCACAGGUUGUUGCCCCAACCUGCCCACCAGCCAGAGGACAUGGCCAUCAUCACCACCACCACCAUCACCAUCACCACGGCCCAGCUCACCCACAGGGACGUUCCUUCUUCCAGGGCGACACCAUGAAGAGCGAGGCCACCCUGCACUCGCACUCGAUGAACGCCAUGUACAAUGGCAACUACUUCUUGGUCAUGCAGGACGACGGCAACCUCGUCCUCUACCACGGACUGAGCUGGCUGCCCGCCCACGCCAUUUGGUCGACACAGACCUACGGCAAGGGUCAUGGACCAUACAGAUUCUCCAUGCAGCACGAUGGCAAUGCCGUCGUCUAUGACAGCCACAACCAUCCAAUCUGGGCAUCGCACACAUGCAACCGUGGACAUGGUCCAUACAAGCUGCAGUUGCAUCACAAUGGCAACCUCACCCUCAACGACCAUCAUCAUCACCAACUCUGGAGCUCGCACUCUGGUCGUUAA